UAGGUUUGUUUAACCAAAGUUUUACGCGGUAAAAGUAACUUUAAAGUCUGAAUUUGUGAAUUUCGUUUAGAACGAUUUUACAAUGCCGAGAAUAUCUUCAGAAGGUAAAAUUACUCGAAAAGAGAAACUAUAUAAUAUGUAUCUCAAUCGAGAAAUGGUGGACACCGAAAUAAUAUUAAAGGAUGGACAAAUAUCAGCGCAUAGUCUUGUUCUUGCUGCUGCAAGUCCAAUGCUUUAUGGAAUGCUGGAACCGCAGAUAGCAGAUCUGAAAACAGUUGCCUUGAGACAAUACUCAAAAUUAAUUAUGAGGUACAUCUUGGAAUAUUUGUAUAAAGGAGAUUUUUUGUGUCCCAAAGACGAGGAAACUGAAUUCAAAGCCGCUGCCGAAUUUUUACAGCUUGAAGGGUUACAUUCCAAUAGACAGAAGCAGACUGUAAAACAAGAACCCUCCACCAGUCAAAAAGUGGAGACAGUUACAUUACAGGAGCCAAUUGUGAUAGCUGAUGACAGCGAUAGUAGUAAUAUUGAACCAAACCAAAAAGAUACCCACCCUAGAAAAAAGAUCAAACUCAACUCGACAGCAAGCAGAUGUUCAGCUCGACCUCGUAGAAGGUUUGUGAUUUCGGAUAGUAGCAGUAGUGAUGAGGAACUGGAAGACAGCCUUGAUUUUUUAAUACGUGAAGCAAAGCAAAGAUCGGCCACUCGUGAUAAAAAUGAAAGAGAUAAUUCUUUUAAAGAACAAAGUAAAAAAUUAAUGAAUAUAAUUAGGAGUCAGAAAAACAAAAUGAACACUAUUCCUGAAAGCACAGCUGACAGUUCAUUAGUUUUAUUAGAAAGUCCACCGUCAAUUAUAGAAAUUUAUGAAGAAUCUGUACCAGUUCAACAAGAGGAUCUUGGAUCGUCUGAGACACUGAUGAUACACACAGAUGCUACACAAAAUUCUCCGAAUGUGGAACCUUCACAAAGACCAUGCAGGAAUGAACAACCACUUCAACAAGAGGAUCUUGGAUCGAAUGAGACACAUAUGAUACAAACAGAUGCUACAGAAAAUUCUCCGAAUGUGGAACCUCCACAAAGACCAUGCAGGAAUGAAGAACCAGUUCAACAAGAGGAUCUGGGAUCGUCUGAGACACUGAUGAUACACACAGAUGCUACACAAAAUUCUCCAAAUGUGGAACCUUCACAAAGACCAUGCAGGAAUGAAGAACCAGUUCAACAAGAGGAUCUGGGAUCGUCUGAGACACUGAUGAUACACACAGAUGCUACACAAAAUUCUCCGAAUGUGGAACCUUCACAAAGACCAUGCAGGAAUGAACAACCACUUCAACAAGAGGAUCUUGGAUCGAAUGAGACACAUAUGAUACAAACAGAUGCUACAGAAAAUUCUCCGAAUGUGGAACCUCCACAAAGACCAUGCAGGAAUGAAGAACCAGUUCAACAAGAGGAUCUGGGAUCGUCUGAGACACUGAUGAUACACACAGAUGCUACACAAAAUUCUCCAAAUGUGGAACCUUCACAAAGACCAUGCAGGAAUGAACAACCAGAGGCAGAAACAAUUCCUCCUAAUAUCGAAGAAGAAACUCGUCCGCCAAAAAGAGGUUUUUGGCGGACGAGACACAAUUCCAAAAAAUUUGGAAGAAAUUUUUGUGCCAUUUGUUAUAAAUCUCGAAGAGGUAUCAAAAGACAUAUUAAAUUAAACCAUAGACAUCUUACUAGGAAACCUUAUUUUAGAUGUUCCAGGUGUCUAAGGAACUUUUAUUAUGAAUCUGUCUACGAAUACCAUAAAGAAAAUGGUUGUAACCGCGAAUGAUUGUUUAAAUAUAUAGGGUGUCCCGAAAAAUAGUGUGUUUCUUUAAGGUAUGAAUAGAAUACACAAUUUAGAACAAAAAAGAAUGUGUGUGUACUUUGUACGCACGUAAGAAGUUAUACUUCUAUUAUAUGAUUAUAAACGAAAUUAAUAUACUUUUUAUUUAUAUUUUAUUUAAAUAUUAAAUUAAUUUAUACUUACUACUUCUCAAACAUUUUUAUUAAAACAGUGCCAAAAAUUAAAAUAAUAAAAAAAUAAAACACACACAAACACACUAAAAAUGCCACAAAUGAUUUCUGAACAUUAAUUGUCGGAAAAAUUUUUAACUAAAUACGUAUUUUCUGAAAAUAAAAUUAUAUAAUAAAUAUACUUACAAUCAUAAAAUGUAUAAAAAAAAAUAAAAAAAUAAAAGUUUCUAUUGGGAUUCGAACCAACUUACCACGCGGCUGGUAUUUGCGUUGUAUUGGGAUUCUCUCGCAUUAAAACUGCGCCACAGGGACAUCUUGUCAUUAUUUGCGAAGAUCGUCUAACUAAACAGAUUAACCUUUUGACAUUUUUAACUUAUGUAAAUUAAAUUAUUUUGAUUUUGAAUUGAAAUGAUUUAGAAUUGAAAAAAUACAACAAAACAUAGAGUAAGAAGACAAUAUAUUAUGUAAAUAUAAAUAUAAAUUAUGUAAAUAAAAGUAUUACAUACUACUUAUGUAUUUUGGUAGGUUCAAGGUAGGUAUCGGAGCCCGUAUAACGACUAAUAAAUUUCGCAAUCACUUGCGUCGUGCAAAGUGGCUAUGUUCAAAUAUCAUAACAAAAUUUGAUCAACUAUCUAUAAAACACUUACCAGUGAAAGAUUCUUUAGCUUUGAAUAAGCGAGAUCUGCGGCACUCAUACUAGGCACAGUUUGAUGAGCUUUCACAUUGGCAUGAAACAACCAUCUCUUCUAUGUAAAUAAGUCCAAAAAUAUAAUAUGAAAACUAUUUAAAAAGGCAGUAUAACCAUUAACUAACUUUUUGUUUGUUGUUUCUCUUCCUACAAAUUUUAAAACGCAACAAGCAUACAUUAUAACCAAACCAUGCACAGUCCCACAGCUGUGCCACAGCUGCCAUAUUGGAUAAUUUUUGUCAUGUCAUUUGAACAUCCAAUCAGAACAAAGUUAUAAUGCGCAUGCGCCCGGUCGCUAGGUUUUCCCAUAUAAAAUUUCACCGUCAUUACGCCCGUAAAGAAGUAUAACUUCAAAAAAGUCCUGUACCAUUUUUUUCUAAAGUUAACCGUUUCCACAAAAAAGUUAACAUUGUUUUCCAUAUACCUGUAUUUUAAUGUUUAGAAAUUUAAAUAACCUGGCAACAUCGUACGCACUACACAUCGGAAUAAUAACCUGGCAACAUCGUACGCACUACACAUCGGAAUAAUAACGGAUAAUAAAAACUCGUUUGUGAUUUACAGUAUUUAAAAUAAUCCAACCUAAUAGUACUUAUGUAUUUACUAUUUGUUUAGUAAAAUUAUUUUUUGAAGUUAUACUUCUUUAGGCGCGAUUGAGAGUAAAAUUUCAUGAUACUGCGCGCAUACGCACACAGACAGUAUGGCGUUUAAUUGCUAAAUAUUUCUAGUUAUGUAUAAAUAUAUCAGUGCAAGAAAAGGUGUGAAAAAAAUAUAUUUUUUAGUAAAUAUAUUUAUUAUAAUUUUUGUGUGUUUGAAUUUGCCUUCCUCAGGAGUAAGAUGAGUAUUAUUAAAACAUUUUAUUGUAUAUUUAUUCACCUUGUGUGUUUGUUACCGUGAAUUGUCAUUAGGUACGUCCGAACGGGUACAGACACAGUCCUCGUAGCGUAUUUGGUAUAGCGUUCAGCCAGAGAUCGAGAGGUCUUGAGUUCGAAUCCAGUGCAAUCCUAUACUUUUUUUAUUUUUUUGAAAGCGGUAGGCACAAAAUUAGUUUGGUGUUUAAAAAAAAUUAAAACAAACUGUUUAAAGUAUAUUUAUUUUUAAGAAAUCAUAUAAUAGAAGUAUAACUUCUUACGUGCGUACAAAGUACACACACAUUCUUUUUUUAAUGUAUUAAAAUGUCUAUUGCAUAAUUUUAAACGAAUUAUAUAUCUUUUAACAUAAAAACACAUCUUUUAACUGAACUAGUAUUACGUAUUUAGCAAGCUUGAAAUGUGUUGAAUGCUGAGGGCUUUAACUGAAUCACAUAGUUUACAGGGGCACUUAAAUACACCAGAUAAUGUAUCAGUAAUAUGUUUACUUGUGAACUAAAAUAAUUAAGUUAUACUUACUUGAAAAUAAUUAUUAUACCUAAUAAAUGUUCAAAGUAACCCACUUUCACGAACACAUACAACGAGAAAUACCGGCAAAACAUUUUGAAAGAAAUAAUAAUUAAAGUAUGACUCUCCAUUUAGUGAUCUGCAAUAAAUAAUCAACACAAUAACAUAGGUAAUGAACUCACGAUUCGAAAACAUUUUCGGCAUUGACACUAAACAGGAUUCUUUCAAACUAUCUGUUUACUAAAAAUGGGACUGUCUAUGUUUAAAUUUUCGUACCUCACGUAGUUGUCAGAUUUUAAUUUGCAUACCAAAACGCAUUUUAAUUUUUUGGUCAAACGGUUGCAUUUAGAAAAAAAUAUUAUAAGAGUUUUUUGUUCUACAUGGUGCCCUCUACUUAUGCCUUUAAGGGACGCACUAUUUUCCGGGACACCCUGUAUAACACUGGUCAACAAAAAAAAUUUUUUUGAGUCUGUUAUUUAGUAAAUAUAGUACUUCCACUCCAACUUUUCCCAUGCAUGAAAUUAUUCACGAAUUUCACUAAGUUUCUUUUUAUAUAACUCAGAAAUUAGUAUUGCAAAAUUAAGCCGCUUUUCCAUAGAAAUCACAAUAAGUUA